AUGUCUCUUCGCAUCCGAAUCGGCCGAAUCGCCGUCGGCUCGGCACUGUUCGCGACCGCCUCCGCCGGCGUCUACGCGGCGCUCGUCUGCGGCCAGCUUUCGGCAACGCGGCGGCGUAGAAUCACCAGCACCGACCAUGUCCCCGAGUCGUUUGCAAAGUCGGAUGCCGUCACGAGGCUUGUGAACCCGCGCGGCAACGUGGCCUGGGGCGACUCGAGGUCCGUGACGCUUCGAAUCUCGUCGACUCGCGGCCGCCUUCUUCGAGACGAAGAGCUUCUUGCGCGCUUCUUGAAGGCCUUCUUCGCCGGCAGCGUCUUUGCGCCCGAGAGAAUCGCUCUUUCGCUGCUGCGACCAUCCGUCGGGUCGUUUCCAGGUGAGCCCGCUCCCUGCCCCUCGUCCGAAGGCUGCCAUGUUCAUCCUCGACCUCGAGGUCUCGACUCGCCAUCUGCGCCGUCCGUAUGGGACCCGGCCGAGCUGUCGGACCAGAAGCCGCCACCCCCCGGCACCGUACUCUUCGGCACCUUCCAGCUCGCCGCGAUGCACCUCGCCGACGCCGAGGACGGCCCGGCCGAGAGCACCCUCGACGUGCUGUAUGGGAACGGCCAAGGCCGAUUCGCCGGCUGCCACCGAUUCAGCAUCUGGCGGGAAACGGCAGCCGAUGGUGACACCGACCUUUGGCUGCGUCUCUCGUGCGUGACCUGCAACCCGACCGUCGACAGGCCGCUGCGGCCGAGCUUCAUGUGGUGGUUCCACAAGGCCUACGCCAUGCUGCUCUUUCGAGACGCCGUCGGAAGCGUGCAACGGUCACUUUGA